AUGAGUUUGAAAACGGAAGAAGAACUCUUGGGCGCGUAUUCCACGAAACAACUGGCGAUGUAUCUCAGGUUUAAUAAUUUCAUCGAAUUGGCGGAAACGGUCGAAAGGGUAGAGCUACGCGGGAAGCAUUUGAGAAAUUGUUGUCGCGCAUCAUCCACGGGGCAAGAACAACAACGACGAGAAGAGGAAGCGGGGGUGUUUAACGUGGAAAAUGAUGAACGCAUCGUCCUCGAGGUGUGCGAAUUGUUCGGGUGCACGGCGGAGGAGGCGAAGCGGAUGUGCGAGGAGUUGGUGAAAGAUUUCGCGGACGUGCCUUGGGAUGAGACGAAGAAUCCUCCAGAGGGGAAAGCGGUAGUGGGCGUACCAAUUGGUGGAGGAGGAGGAGGAGAAGGGCGACGAGUUUUAAGACUCGAAGACCGGGGUGGAGACACGGUCGGCGGCGCUUUGAUGCGGGAAGUUCCGCCGGAUGGCUACAGAAAUCCUCGGUUUCCGUCGUGGUACGAUAAAUCGCCGACCAACGAUCGAUGGCGAGGCGGGUUGAGUAGAACUGAGUAUUACGACGACGAAGAAGAAGGAGAAGAACAAAACGACCGCGAGCGACGACUGAGAGAACGAGAGAGGAAAGUGGAAGAGCGAGAAAAAAGAAUGGAUGAAAUAGAAGCGCGGUUGAAAAGACUCGAGGAGAACGGCGGCACGACAGCCCCUUCGGCUUGA